CUCAGACCCGCAGCGCACUCGUUCGAUUCUUUCUUCUUUUCAAUUAUUUCCUUUCUUCUCUGUCUCGCUCCUCCUACAGUCCUCCUUUUCUCCUCCGCCUUUUCUUCUUCUUCUUCCUUCCUUCUUCACCUAUUCUGCUGCGUUUGCGACCCGGUCGGGCAGAUUCAAAAAAAGCAAUAACCGGCGAGGUUUGAACGUUCACGGUUUGGGAAAAGCUCAAACCGAAGCCGAACCGGCUAAACCACGGUUUCGAUUCGAUUUGGGUACGGUUUCGAUUUGAACCGUAAUUUGCGUUUCAGAAACCUAUGAACCGCCGGUUCGAACCGACGGUUUAGGCAAAUCUAAUCUGGCCAAGCCCUGAGGCCUAUAUCAUAUGUGAAUCCUUCAACAAUUUUAAUUCCGUUCUUCUGUUUAUAAACCCACGGUUUCACUCGUCAUUCUUCUUCUUCUUUUCAACUCCAUUCAAAUCCCCCGCCGCUUUCUUCCUCUUCUCCGCCGUCGUCGUGAAAACUCUUAGUAUAUUUUUCUGCGAUUAAGCCGAUUCCUCUGCAACAUUGGGUGGAGAACGGAGAGAAGGCCGAGCGAGAAUGGUUAAACACAAAUCACAAUCCAAAAAACCACAAAAAGGAGGGGUGGACUUCAAAAAAAUUAAGCGGAAGAUUGGCAGGAAAUUGCCGCCUCCGAAUAAUACUACAAACACCGAGAUAAAAUCCAAAGCUAUUGUUCUUCCCGAACAGAGUAUAGCGUCUGAAAAAGCAGGUUUAGCGGUCAGCAAGAAAGGACUGACACUCAAGGAGCUUCUUCAGCAGACUAGCCAUCACAAUGCCAAAGUCCGGAAAGAUGCAUUGCUGGGGAUGAAGGAUAUCUUGCUUAAGCACCCAGUUGAGCUGAAGUUGCAUAAACUUGCAGUUGUGGAGAAACUUCGUAAACGGAUUAGUGAUGAUGAUAAGAUUGUCCGUGAAACAUUGUAUCAACUAUUCAAGUCCGUAAUAUUACCCGGCUGUGCAAAGGAUAAUCAAGGAUCAUUGGUUUCGUUGAUGACAUCAUGUAUUUUUGAUGCCAUGACGCAUUUAGCGUUUGAAGUGCGAGUAAUGGCUUUCAAAUUUUUUGACCUUGUUGUCCAGUUUUACCCCUCUUCAUUUUCUUCAUAUGCUGAGAAGAUGCUUGGAAACUAUGGAGAUAUAUUACGACAGAACCAAUUUUUGGAGGAUAAAAGCAAAUUAAAAAGCAUUCUUACUGGAUUGAUUCGUUGUUUAUCAUUGUUACCAUGUCAUGUGAGAGGAGAUCGCUCUGUUAAAAAUGAUACUUCAAUGCCCCAUUGUCUUCAUGCUUUUGAGCCUGAGACUGCCAAUGAAUCUGAUGGGUUCGCUGACAUUUCCAAGAAAUUGGAAGAUCUUAUAUCCAUUCUAGUUGGAAGUUUUCUGGAUUUCAUGCCAAUGUUGCAUAUAAACCUAAAUCUAGAUCUGCAGUCAUGUGAUUGUCUGCUACUUUUACUUAAGAGCUUGGAUCUCAUAGUUGGGUUUUUGGUUGGUGAGAGUUGCAAAAUUUUAUCAGAUACUCAAUUUCUUCCACACUGUCAAAUGCCUGAUACAAUUGCAUAUGAUCAAUUUAUCUCGCCAACGAUACUAAACAAGUUGUGGGAUGUUUUUCCCCUCCAGCUCGCUCAUCAUCUUUCUGAAAAGGACAAUGAUAGAAUCUUUAUGGUAAAUACUGCAAUUACAAAAGUAUUUUUACAGUUGAGUAAUAAUGCCUUCUCGCCCUAUACUCCGGUGGAGAAGUUCUUGGAAUUCAUUGGAAGCUCGCUAGUUACAAAGAUGGAACUAGGCAAAGUGUUUUAUGAGAAACACUUGCUUCCAAUUAUACCAUACAUUCCAAAAUUGGUAAUGCAAAUUUCUGGUGACUCGAGAUCUCAUAUUCUAGAGGGUUUCACAGAAGCAUUCAGGAACUGCAAUCCGGAGUCGCCAAUGAAAUUCUGUUGCCUUACUGCAAUUGAAGAAAUGCUUGUUCCUGAAAGAAGCUUAAAUUACACUGAUGCAAAUGAUCCAGAUCGUGUGUUAUUACAUUACCAAAUUGCAUGGAUAAAGGAAUUUCCUUCAUUGCUAAUUAUGUUGGAUGACAAAAAUCCAUUAUGUUCUAAGACCAUUUUGCGCCUUCUUAUUCUUGUGGCACAAACAUUUCCAGUGAACUCUCAGUUUCAUGUUCUAUUCGACAGUCUGCAAUACAGUUUCAAAAAUUUCUUCAGCACAGAAAUUGAGAAUGCCAUAUGUUUUGGUCCAUUCGUAAGGCUUGAUGCAGAUAUUCAGGAGCUUUCUCUCAGUUGCCUUUAUUAUUUCACAUAUAGAGACUCCCUGCUGUUGCAGUCACUAGUUUCAUGUUGCUUAUGUGAUGAGUUAGAUCCAUCUUUGGUCAUCUGCAUUUUAGAAGUUCUUCACUCUGUCUUUAGAGCUGGACGCAUACACCUUGCAGAUUACACUAGUUUCCACUUAACUUUACUUUCACGGUUUCGUGUUUAUCCUGAAAAGUUCAGUUCUUCUGUAAAAGCUGAUGGAAAGUCCAACCAGUUGACAUUCAAGUAUAUUACCAAGAGGGUCUGCUCAUACAUGUUAGAGAUUGGUGAUAGUUAUCUUGUAUUUCAGAUGCUGGAGAGGCCAAUUGUUGAUCAGAUAUGCAGUGAAAUGCCAAUGGAGAAUAAGUGUGCUUUUCUCAGAUUGCUUGUCACUCUAGACUCAAAUCCUACGAGACUUUCUGAUCUGAGUAUUGUGAAGAUUAGCCGCGUCCUACCUCAAUACUUGAUCAAAAUUAUAUUUAAUGUUGGGGACGAUAAACAUGAAUCAACAUCACUGACCUAUGCAAAAAGAAGAUAUUUCUUGUUGCCUUCCUUUCAUCUGUUUCACAGAAGCGAAAGACUUUCUAGUCGUGUGUUGAAUUUUAUGGGUUCUUGUGUGUUGGACAGCAAUUUGGUAUUUGGUUUUGAUCUUCCCCAUUCCUCUGUUAACCAUUCAACUCUAGCAUGUGCCAUCAGUAUGGUAAUCCUCCACAUGUAUGAAGAUGACAAGAUGAGGCAAAUUUUGUUGACAUUCAAGAUAGAAAUCAAGAAUAUUUUACAGAAUCUAAUUAAUUUACAGUCUUCUGAAUGCACAAAACUGACGAUGGAGGAAAGGCACAAAAUUCAAAAUUCAUAUGACCGGCUGAGAGAAAUUGUCAUGCCAAUCCUGAAAUAAGAGAACACAGAUAACAAGAAAGAAGGCGAUGGUACAACUGGGUAUUCUGCAUUCCUGGCUUUGGAAUCAUUCUGUAGCAAAUCCAAUGGUAGCAUACUUGUGGUUGCUUUGUACAUGCAAGGCCAAGUUCUACAUCUGUGGUCCACUCUUACAAUUUGUGAAACGCUUCUCUUCUCUAAAGAUGGCCUUCCAUCACAGCAGACCCCUUGAAUUUUCAUCUUCUCAUAGUGUGGUGUGGUGAUGUGCUCCCGACAUCAGCAAUGGGGAACUUGGUCCAUUUUGCAGCAGCCAAAGAAUUGAGUAAUAGUAUUUAUUAAGGUAGAUGUUAAUGGUAUAAACAUUGCUGGAGUAGAGAGAUUAGAAAUAUUUACUUGAUUGCAGAUUGAUUAAUUUAUUAAUGGUUUGAUUGUGUUUGUGCCCAAAUAGAUAUUUUUCAUUGAUAUUGUUUAGAUUUGUGAGCCGUUUGGCUGCUGUUGGAUGAAGUGCUGGUAAAAUAGUUAUUCGAUAUUAGAUGUUCUAUGUAAAAUGACAAUUAAAACAUUUGAGUAUUUUAUUUUUAGAA